AUGGGCACCCUAACCGUGUUGCUACAAGAUGGGAUUGGUGGUUUAUAUGUCAAAGUUGAAGAAAGCUCGACUGUAGGAGAAAAUGAAGGAUGGGUGGAGAUCCCUCCCAUCCCUGGAGCUUUGGUCAUUAACGUUGGUGACACAUUACAGAUUCUCAGCAAUGGAAGGUACAGAAGUGCUGAACACAGAGUGCGUACCACAAGCAUGCAAUCAAGAGUGUCGAUACCAAUAUUCACAAUCCCACGACGGACGGAGAAGAUUGGGCCACUACCUGAGGUGGUGGAGCUCGAUGGGGUGGCUCAUUAUCGGGAGUUCAUGUUUGAAGACUACAUGAACAACUUCUUUGGACAAGCUCACGAUGGAAAGAAGUCCCUUGAUUUUGCUCAUAUCGGGAGUUCAUAUUCUUUUCUAUGUUAG